GUCUUUUCUUUUGCAUAAACCCUAAACCUUAAUUCUCCACUUCCAUUCUUCUCCUUUCUAAAACUUACGACAAUGGCGAAAAAUGCAGACAUUGAAGCUUUGAGAGAGCUUUUUCAGCACCAUAUAGAAUCAUAUGACUAUUUAGUUGAAACGGGUUUGGAAAAAAUUAUGAAUUCAAUUAAGCCCGUCGAAAUUCGUCAUCCUUUUAGCUCAACAAAAUUGAGAAUUUAUUUCGAAAAUCCGUCGUUGAUUGCUCCUGUUAAGAGUGACAAGGGAAUGGCAAGACCCUUACUUCCACAUGAGUGUCGUCAAGCAAAGAUUUCAUAUUCCACUAAGUUGAAAGCCGAUGUUUGCUUUCAGUAUAAUAAUGGAGUUGUUAUUAGGGAAAAUUAUAAUUUUGGGAGCUUUCCUGUUAUGUUGAAGUCCAAGAUCUGCCACCUCAGGAAUGCAUCCCCUACAAAAUUAGUGGAACACAAAGAGGAGUCAACAGAGAUGGGCGGGUAUUUCAUCCUAAACGGGCUUGAGAGAAUUAUUCGACUAUUAAUACUGCAGAAACGGAACUAUCCAAUGAGCAUGGUUCGGAGUUCUUUUCGCGGUCGUAGAGAAGGAUAUAGUGAUAGAGCACUUGCUAUGAGAUGUGUUAGAGAAGACCAGUCUUCCGUAACUUUGAAACUGUAUUAUCUUAAUAAUGGAAGUGCUAGAAUCGGUUUCUGGAUACAAGCAAGGGAAUUUCUUCUUCCUGUGGGCAUUGUGCUAAAGGCACUUAUUCCGGCGACUGAUCAUGAAAUAUAUGUGGCUUUAACAUGUAUUUACAAUGAGAAGUAUGAAGGACUAAAAGGUGCUGUUGGCACACAGCUUGUUGGAGAAAGAGCUAAAGUUAUUGUUGAUGAGCUUCAUAAAUUAGGGCUUUUGACCCAUCGUCAAUGUCUUGAACAUAUUGGACAAUGCUUCCAACCUGUCAUGGAUGGGCUAGAAAAUGAGAACUAUUCAGUUAUUGGAGAUGCCGUGCUAAAUGAUUUCAUAUUUGUUCACCUUGGUUCUAACAAUCAUGACAAGUUCAACCUUCUAAUAUUCAUGCUGCAGAAACUGUUUUCGUUGGUUGAUAAGACUUCUGUUUCUGAUAAUCCUGACGCUUUGCAAAAUCAAGAAGUUUUGCAAGCUGGUCUAUUAAUCUCGGUUUAUCUGAAGGAAAAAUUACAAGAAUGGCUUCAUAGAUCAAGGAAGAUUCUUAAUGAUGAGUUGAACCAAAAUUGCGAAAAAUUUGAUUUCACCAGUCUUGGAGAUGUCAAGAAGUUGUUGAAUAAAAAUGCAGCAGCUCAAGUUGGCAAUGCUAUUGAAAAUAUGCUGAAAACUGGAAGAAUUGCCACACAGUCUACUCUUGACCUGCCACAGAAAGCAGGCUUUACAAUUCAAGCUGAUAGGCUUAACUUUUUACGUUUUCUUUCAAAUUUUCGAGCUGUUCAUCGAGGUGCUGCUUUUGCUGGGGCUCGAACUACUAGUGUGCGAAAGCUGCUUCCUGAGGCAUGGGGUUUUCUCUGUCCUGUGCACACGCCUGAUGGAGAGCCUUGUGGAUUGCUGAAUCACUUGACACAUACAUGUAGAAUAACUUCCUUCUUUGAUCAACAAGGAGUAAUUAAGGAUUUCUUCAAAAUGCGAUUGUCUAUCAUCAAAGUCUUGAUUGGAGUGGGAAUGAAACCCUCAUUGCCAAUGCUUGCCCAAGGUGGCCCUCCUGAAGUUCUUUCUGUCCUUCUUGAUGGUCGAGUAGUUGGAUCCAUAGCUUGUAGUGAAGUUGAAGAACUAGUCAAAUGCUUGCGGAGACUAAAGCUGUCGGAUACUAAAAUGGUUCCUAACGAUUUGGAGGUGGGCUAUGUGCCUUUGAGCUUUCGAGGAGCUUAUCCUGGAUUAUACCUUUCUACAAAUCCCAAUCGAUUUAUUCGUCCAGUUAAAAAUAUCUCUGUUCCUCCUGAGGAUGGUAAUGUUAUUGAACUUAUCGGCCCAUUUGAGCAGGUGUAUAUGGAAAUUAGAUGUCCUGAUGGUGGAGAUGGAGGGAGGGGAGAAAGUCAUCCCGCAACACAUGAGGAAAUACAUCCAACAGGAAUAUUGAGUGUUGUUGCUAAUCUUACACCUUGGUCUAAUCACAAUCAGAGCCCACGUAAUAUGUACCAAUGCCAGAUGGCAAAACAAACUAUGGGCUUCUCUUGGCAAUCAUUAUUGUUUCGUUCGGAUCAAAAGACGUAUCAUCUUCAGACUCCUCAAAGUCCAAUUGUGCGUACAAGUUCCUAUGCUAAGUAUGGUAUUGAUGAAUAUCCUUCAGGGACUAACGCAAUUGUAGCUGUUCUGGCUUAUACUGGAUAUGAUAUGGAAGAUGCUAUGAUUUUAAACAAAUCUUCUGUUGAGCGUGGAAUGUGUCAUGCCCAGAUAUAUCAGACAGAAACUAUUGAUUUGACUACAGAAGGCAGUAGAUCUGAUCGUGCCAGCAAAUCAUUUCGAAGAAGUACUGUUGAUAAAUCAGCACAUUCUUUGAUCGAUGUAGAUGGACUACCCUACCCUGGGCAGAUAAUACAUCCUAAUGAACCAUACUGCAGUGUCCACAAUAGCACAAAUGAUACAAUCUUUAAUAAAAAAUUAAAGGGUUCAGAACAUGCCGUAGUUGAUUCUGUGGUCAUUGAUGGGAAGAACAAGAAAGGACUUCAGAAGGCUAAUGUUCGGUUCCGCCGUCCAAGGAAUCCGAUUAUUGGGGAUAAAUUUAGCAGUAGGCAUGGGCAAAAAGGUGUUUGCUCUCGAUUGUGGCCAGAUGUUGAUAUGCCAUUUUCACACAACACUGGCAUGCGCCCAGAUCUAAUCAUCAAUCCGCAUGCUUUUCCUUCGAGGAUGACAAUUGCAAUGCUUUUAGAAUCCAUUGCUGCCAAGGGUGGCUCUUUAGCUGGAAAGUUUCGCGAUGCAACAACAUUUGGAGACACUGUCAAGAAGGCUGAUGGAGAGCAUGGAUCUGAAUCAAGUUCACUUGUUGAUGAACUUGGCUCCUUGUUAACUGCUCGAGGAUUUGAUAGAUAUGGCACAGAAAUCCUUUAUAGUGGAGUUUAUGGAACAGAAUUAACAUGCGAGAUCUUUAUUGGGCCUGUUUAUUAUCAACGUUUACGGCACAUGGUUUCAGACAAGUUUCAGGUUCGUUCAACUGGAACUGUUGAUCCAGUUACUCGUCAGCCUAUAAAGGGUAGAAAGAGAGGUGGAGGUAUUCGAUUUGGUGAAAUGGAAAGAGAUGCGAUGCUUGCCCAUGGCGCUGCAUAUCUAUUGCACGACAGAUUACAUAAAAGCUCUGAUUAUCACGUUGCUGAUGUGUGCUCUCUUUGUGGAAGCAUUCUCUCAACGGUAAUAAUUGAACCUCACAAGCCAGUGGUGCAUAAAAUCAAUGGUCUACCUCCUGCAAGGGCUCCCAAAAAGGUAUUCUGCCAUGCUUGCAAAACUAGCAAAGGGAUGGAAACGGUUGCCAUGCCAUAUGUAUUCAGAUAUCUAUCUGCCGAAUUGGCUGCAAUGAAUAUAAAGAUGACCCUCCAACUUAGUAAUGAAGCUGGAGCAUGAGCUUGAAAUUGAAUUUUGCCCCUUUUAUCAUGCUAAACUAGGAUGUUGUAUCAUUUAAGGCAGCGGAAAGUAGUUGAGUUUUUGUUAGACAUAAGGUUGAGUGUAUAAUUCAUAGUACAAAACAAUCGCGGUAGAGGUUGCGAAACGGAUUUCGCAGCCAUUGCGGUUAAUUUACGAUCAAUGCGGCCCCUAUAUUUUGAAUGUGGUAGUGUUACGGGGAUCGGUCUUUUUUUUUUGUGCACUAUUGUGUACAUGCAACAUUGGUUGGAAUCUUUGACGAGAUAAACCGUUAGUAGAAUCAAGAUUAUUAUUUGUUUAUGAAAGUUUGAGCAAGGAGUGUAUCUUGUAUCUUGAAAA